AUGAAAAAUAUAAUCAAUUCAUUAAAUAUACUUAUUAUAAACGUUUUUAUAGUAAUUUUUUUCAAUAAAUUUGUUUCAUCAGACGUUUCCAUAUCAAAACCACUAUCAGGACAAACGUUUUCAGUAUCAGGAGAUGAGAUAAUAAUUGAUGUCAAAUGGGUUGAUUCAGGAGCUGAACCCAAGAUUGAAGAAAUAGUAUCAUAUACAUUUACAUUGUGUACUGGAUCAAAUUCAGAUAUUACAGCUGUUGACGUACUAGGAUCCAAUAUACUAGCAUCAAAGAUCACCAAUAAUUAUUUUGAAGCCAAAAUAGAUCCAACGGCUGGUGAAAAUGGUGUUUAUUAUAUCCAAAUCUUUUCAGUUUAUCCUACCGGUUAUUCAAUUCACUAUUCACAUCGUUUUAAAUUGAGUGGAAUGACAGGGAAGGAUGAGGCAUCAGGAUCGCUCAAUGAUCCGCCACCUUCAGCACAAUACUCCUUCAAGAAAACUGGCACAGAGACUGAGACUGAUGAGGCUCCUGGCACUAUUGAUUCAGCAUCCUUUACCAUCCCCUAUACUUUGCAAACUGGCAGAACAAGAUAUGCUCCCAUGCAAACCCAGCCAGGCUCAAAAGUAACAGCCACAGGAUGGACAAGAAGAUUUCCCACUUCUGCUGUCACAUUUUAUAAGACUGCCAAACCAUCGCCAGUCGUCUAUUCCACCAUAACUCCCGGCUGGUCGUAUUCAAGAACAUCAUAUUUCAACUAUGCGACCCCGGCACCAUAUCCAAGUGACAAUGGAGGAUGGUAUGGAGCAUCAGAAAGACUCAUAGCUCCAGUGAAAAUGAAUCCCAUUUCGCUAAGACGAAGAUGGUUAAAUGAUUUUGACGAUGAUUAUGAAUAG